CUGGAUGGAUCAAGGUCGCCGAUGAGUACGGUGGGAAGGGCCUUGUGCCUGCUUCAUAUAUCGAGGCCGUUGGAUCUCAUGGGCCAGAAAAGGGCCCCCCUCAGCAAGGCUCCGGAGAGAAAGUGCGAGCACUGUAUACAUACGAAGCCCAAGGAGCAGACGAAGUUACAAUCAGAGAAGGCGAAGUGGUUGAGUUGUCCGCUGGACCGAAUGGUGGUCAGCAUUAUGCGGACGGCUGGUGGGAAGGCAUUAAUACUAGCGGACAAAAGGGAAUAUUCCCUAGCAAUUAUGUGGAAUUUAUUUGACAGGUUGACUUGUGAUUGCCAUCGAUUGCUGAUAGACUAGUACGUACGUGUAGUCUGCUCUUUUGUGGAAAGUGUAGGUGAGCAGACCAAUGAGCCCAGUCUCGCACCCUGGAUGAAAUGCAGCUCACUUUAACAUGGUUCCUGCUGCCCAAAUACUUGAGCUGAGCACUUGAUG